AUGAAUAUCAGCAGCGAAUAUAAUGAUCUGAUCGACAACAAUCAGUGUGUUAUCAAUGCACGAAGGAAAAAUCUCACGGAUAUCUAUAUGGAAAUAGGUACACCAGAGCUUCUCUACGACUCGGGGCAUAUAUUGCUAACCCGUAUCAUUCCAGCUACGAUUACAUGUCCGUUUGGUAUCAUACUCAACUGUCUGUUUCUCUACGUAGUAUUCAAAGUGUCAGCAAUGCGUACAUUGACUAAUAUGUAUCUAUCGAACCAAGCCAUCGUAGACUGUAUGUUUCUUAGCGUAUACUAUAUAGUGCAAGUCGGGGAACCGUUGUCAAGUGAUGUCGUACACGAUAAAAGUUUCCUAGGACCGGUUGGAUGUUUUAUUGUGAAUAUAUCCCUAGACUUAUGUCUUUUCGUCUCCGAGUUCAACAUCGUGUUGGUGACCUUCGAACGAUACAUGGCAAUAUGUAAACCGUUUAAGGCUGACAGAAUCAGUUCCAAGUCUCGCACAUUCAAACUUAUCGUACUUACAUGGAUCAUGGGUUUUGUCUUCUCUGCUCCGAUCUCAAGUUUUUAUACUAAGUGGUACACUACAUGUAUUAUAUGGCCGCCAAGUAACGAAACAGUUACCCUACCGAUGACCUAUUCCAAUUGUUUCUCUGGAGUCUGGACACCACUUGAUGGAAUAUUACACAGUUUGACGCCGAUAAUUGCAUUUGUUUUAGUGAUCGCAAUAAUUAUUGUGCUGAAUGUGUUAACAACAAAAGAGCUACAGAGAGGUGUGCGGAAAUUUUCAGUCAGCGCCCACGAUUUGAAACAGAGGCUUCAUCAGCAACGGCAGAUAGUUGUUAUGUUAGCGGUGACGGCGGGUGUGUUAUUCGUUUGCCUAUUGCCGUAUCAUUUAGAUCUGAUCAUCGGCUACUUAUACAACACAACACAUCCUAAAAGUGUAAUCAUCAUGCCCCAGGCAUGGAAUGAACUGGUUCGGUGGCUGCCGAUGGUGAAUUCCUCAGUAAAUCCUAUUGUUUAUGGCAUUUUAAAUAAACAAUACAGGCGCGCCUUUAUCACCACUCUUGGAUGCUGCGACAAUUGUCACGACACGGACAAUCGACAUGAUUAUAUGAUGACAUCUGUGACCACAUGUAACACCACUAAAAAAUCGAGAACAACUGAAACAACCUACAAUUUGAAGUCAAACUUACGGGGUCAAUCACCUAUAAUGCACGCAAACUCAGCCGAAAAUGAUGAUGGGCGAAUAACAACUAAGAUGUAA